AUGGUCGCAGGAGAGUCGGGUCUGGGCAAAUCCACGCUGGUGAAUAGCCUGUUCCUGACAGACCUCUACAAAGACAGAAAGCUUCUCAACGCAGAGGGUAAAAUCAACCAGACAGUGGAGAUCGUCAAGCACACAGUGGACAUUGAGGAGAAGGGUGUCAAGCUGAAGCUGACCAUAGUGGACACACCAGGCUUUGGAGAUGCUGUUAACAACACUGAGUGCUGGAAGCCCAUCACUGAUUACAUCGACCAGCAGUUUGAACAGUAUUUCCGUGAUGAGAGUGGCCUGAAUCGGAAGAACAUCCAGGACAACCGUGUGCAUUGCUGCCUCUACUUCAUCUCGCCCUUUGGGCACGGGCUCAGGCCUGUGGAUGUGGAGUUCAUGAAGGCUCUGCAUGAGAAGGUCAACAUUGUGCCCCUGAUUGCCAAAGCUGACUGCCUGAUCCCCUCUGAGAUCCGGAAGCUAAAAGAGAGGAUCCGGGAGGAGAUUGACAAAUUUGGCAUUAAAGUGUACCAGUUUCCUGAGUGCGACUCUGAUGAAGAUGAGGACUUUAAGCAGCAAGACAGAGAGCUGAAGGAGAGCGCUCCCUUUGCCGUCAUCGGCAGUAACACUGUGGUGGAGGCGAAAGGCCAGCGAGUCCGUGGACGGCUCUACCCCUGGGGCAUUGUGGAAGUGGAAAACCAGGCACACUGCGACUUUGUGAAGCUGCGGAACAUGCUGAUCCGGACACACAUGCAUGACCUGAAGGACGUCACUUGUGAUGUCCACUAUGAGAACUACCGAGCUCAGUGCAUCCAGCAAAUGACCAGCAAGCUGACUCAGGACAACAGAAUAGAAAGUCCGAUUCCUAUCCUGCCUCUCCCAACACCAGACACUGAGACAGAGAAGCUGAUCAAAAUGAAGGAUGAGGAGUUACGGCGGAUGCAAGAGAUGCUGCAGAAGAUGCAGCAGCAGAUGCAGGAUCAGUGAGAGGCAGGUACUUGGAGGGCAGAGGGAAUCCCCCAGUGACCAUCUGAGGCCUGGCAAGAGCUGUGGACGUUUAGAAAAGGUUUCCUGUUGUAUAGAGACUUGUGGGCAAGAGCCGCACCCGCACCCUCUAAUUUAUUAGCAGCAAUGCUGGCUUUGCAGUCAGCUGGAUUGUGGAGGAGGCUGUUCACUUAACAGUUUACUGAUGUGUAUUUCUUUUUUUAAUAAUUAUUCUUUCUUUUUUUCUUUUUAUUUUAAAGAAAAUAGCCUGGGAAGCCUCUAAGGCAUCCUAAAAAAAAA